CGUGGCCCUCGCGGCUCGCCGUAGCGCGGUGGCGGCGGCGGCGGCGCGCCCGGGCUGGCGGUGCAUGAACCCACAAGAAAGGGAGAAGUCCUCAGGUGGCAGCAUCCUCCCCAAAAGUUCUGUUCUAGCUGUCUGUGUUACCUCCGCUCUGGAGCUGGUGCCUGUGAAGAAUGACCUCUCGGGGUGCUGGGACGGCUCUGUCAAGGAAGAACUACCGGCUGAGCACUGGGCCAGACAAGUCCAAGGUUGCAGGGAUUGUGAACAGCAGGCUACUGAAUGACUAUCUGCAUCGGGUCUUCUCCAGUGCUGAUGGGAACCAGCCUGCAGCUGCUUACAGAAAGCACCUGACGUUCCAGAACCUGCAGGAGCACCUCGACCGGUUGCUAGCAGAGGAGAAUGGCUCUGAAGACAGCCAAGAUCAGUUGACAGAGGGCCGGCUCGGUCCCUCUACUGUGGUGCUGGACCACACGAGUGGCUUUGAGGGGCUCCUGCUGGUUGAUGAUGACUUACUUGGGGUGAUUGGCCACAGUAACUUUGGCUCUAUCAGGGCCACAACGUGCGUGUACAAAGGGAAAUGGAUUUAUGAGGUGCUUAUCUCCUCCCAGGGACUCAUGCAGAUUGGCUGGUGUACUCUCAACUGCAGAUUUAAUCAGGAGGAAGGAGUUGGAGAUACUCCAGAUUCCUAUGCGUAUGAUGGCAAUAGGGUGCGCAAGUGGAACGUGACCACUACCAACUAUGGCAAAUCUUGGGCUGCAGGAGACAUCGUCAGCUGUCUGAUAGACCUUGAGGAAGGCACUAUUGCUUUCUGCCUAAACGGCAUCUCUCUAGGAACUGCUUUUGAUAACAUCACGAGAGGUGCUGGAAUGGCUUACUUCCCUGCCAUCAGUCUCUCGUUCAAAGAGUCUGUUGCUUUUAACUUUGGAAGCCGUCCACUUCGUUAUCCAGUGGAAGGCUACCGCCCCUUGCAAGACCCUCCUGUUGCAGACCUCGUGAAGGCUCGCAGGCUGCUGGGCUUCCUGAAGAAUGUGAUCCAUAUCGGGAUCGAUGUGACGGAGGGGAAGCUGGUGGAGAAGGAUGCAUCCAUGUGGCAGCUGCAGGGAGAACCCACAGUGCUGAUUACAUUGGCCCACAUCUUCAAUUAUUUCUCCCCUCUUAUGUGCAAGGUGUACCUGGUGGAAGAUGUGCUCAUGACCUUCCUGUUGAGCAUCCUGGAGCGAGGAGGGGCAGUGGAGGCCCAUCCCCUUAUUCAGCAGCUGCUGGAUCUCAUGUGGCUUCUCAUGGAGGAAUAUGAAGUGCACGAGUGCCUCAAGCAGCUACUGAUGUCCCUGCUGCGGGCCUACAGGUUCUCUCCUAUCAUCCCAGACCUAGGAUUACAAAUUCACUACCUCCGGCUCACCAUUGCAGUCUUGAAGCAUGAGAAAUCCAGGAAAUAUCUCCUCAGCAAUGUUCUCUUUGAUGUGCUCCGUUCAGUUGUGUUCUUCUACAUUAAGAGCCCGCUGCGUGUGGAGGAGGCUGGUUUGCAGGAGCUCAUUCCCACCACGUGGUGGCCAAACCGCUUCACCAAGGAGGGCAAGGAGAGUAAGGAGGUGAAGGAGGAGAGUGCUGAGGAAAGACUGAGGCGGCGGGCGUAUGAAAGAGGCUGCCAGCGGCUCAAGAAGCGCAUUGAAGUGGUGGAAGGUCUCCAGGUUCAAAUUCUGAAGCUGCUGCUGAACAACAAGGACAGAGGAGGGGGGGAAGCAUCCAGAUACAUCUUCCUGAACAAAUUCCGCAAGUUUCUUCAGGAAAAUGCUAGCAAUAGAGGGAACUUGACUGUGUUGUGCCCACCAGAGUACAUGGUGUGCUUCCUGCACCGGCUCAUUGCUGCCCUGCGUUUCUUCUGGGAUGGCCACAAGGCAAAGGCACCUGCUGCGCUGAGCAGUGAAGAGGCAUAUGUCCCUCCCCAACUUUUCUAUAAUGGGAAGGUGGAUUAUUUUGACCUUCAGCGACUCGGAGGUCUUCUGUCUCACCUCAAGAAGACUCUGAAAGAUGACCUGGCUGCAAAAGCCAAUGUCCUAAUUGACCCUGCGGAGCUGCAGGCAGUGACUAUGGAUGAUCUGGAUGAAGAUGAGGAAUCAGCAACAUCAGCAGCACAGUCUCAGCGUCCCUCUGCCACCCUAGCCAUUGGUGGAGCUCUUGCCAGACCUGGCUGGCUCAGCUCUCCCACCCUGGGCCGUGCCAACCGUUUCCUCAGCACAGCGGCCGUCAGCCUGAUGAACCCACGGCGACCUCUUGGUACCCUUGAGAAGGUCAAAGUACGCACUCUAAGUGUGGAACAGCGUACAGAGGAGGACAUUGAAGGCAGCAAUGGAAAUGAGGGUCUCUUACUGGGGAGACCUCCAGAGGAGCCAGACCAGCCCAUCACAGAGAACUCCCUCCUGGAAGUCCUGGAUGGGAUAGUGAUGAUGUACAACCUCAGUGUCCACCAGCAGCUUGGGAAGAUGGUUGGUGUGUCAGAUGAUGUGAAUGAGUAUGCUAUGGCACUGAAGGACACAGAGGAAAAAAUCAGCCGCUGCCCAAAGAGAAGGAGAGACAUCCAUGAGGAGCUGCUGAAGAGCCAGAAGGUCUUCUCUGAGAAACUCAAUCACCUAAGCCGACGCCUUGCCUGGAUAAAUGUCACCAUCUAUUCAAAGGAGAAGAUGCAGGAUAUCUACUGGCUGCUGAGAGUGUGCAUCCGCACCAUUGAGCAUGGUGACAGGACAGGCUCGCUUUUUGCUUUCAUGCCAGAGUUCUACCUCAGCGUGGCUAUGAACAGCUACAGCGCACUCAAGAACUACUUCAGUCCUGUCAAUAGCAUGGAGGAACUUCCAGGCUAUGAGGAAACCCUGAUGCGCCUCGCUGCCAUCCUGGCCAAACACUUUGCUGACUCAAGGAUUGUGGGCACAGACAUCCGGGACUCCCUGAUGCAGGCACUGGCCAGCUAUGUCUGCUACCCCCACUCGCUGCGUGCUGUAGAGAGGAUCCCAGAAGAGCAGCGGAUCUCCAUGAUGAAGAACCUCCUGGCUCCCUACGAGCAGCGGCCCUGGGCGCAGACCAACUGGAUCCUCGUCAGGCUGUGGAGGGGCUGUGGCUUUGGAUACAGAUACACGCGGCUCCCACACUUGCUGAAAACCAAGCCUGAGGAUGCCAGCCUCCCCAGCCUGCAGAAGCCGUGUCCCUCCACCCUGCUGCAGAGGCACAUGGCAGACCUGCUCCACAGCGACUGUGACUUGGCCCCCAGCUUCCUGAACAGCGUCCUCAACCAGCUGAACUGGGCUUUCUCCGAGUUCAUUGGCAUGAUUCAGGAGAUCCAGCAGGCCGCAGAGCGCCUGGAAAGGAACUUUGUGGACAGCCGCCAGCUGAAGGUGUGCGCCACGUGCUUCGACCUAUCGGUCAGCCUGCUCCGCGUGCUGGAGAUGACUGUCACUCUUGCCCCCGAGAUCUUCCUGGACUGGAAUCGCCCAUCGUCGGAGCUGCUGCUUCGGAGGCUCGCCCAGCUCUUGAACCAGGUGCUGAACCGUGUGACAGCUGAAAGGAAUUUGUUUGACAGAGUGGUCAACCUCCGUCUGCCAGGACUGGAGAGCGUGGACCAUUACCCGAUCCUCGUAGCUGUGACAGGAAUACUGGUCCGGCUGCUGGUGGACAGUGAUGCUCAGGGGGCUGAGCGCGCGACGGCAGUGCUGCUGGCGGACCCCUGCUUCCAGCUGCGCUCCAUCCAGUACCUCCUGGGCCACGCUGAACCUGCAGCCAUGGCAGCAGCUGCUGCGGCCACAGAGAAACGCCACUUCUCCCUGAGCACAUACACGGAGUACAUCAGUGCCGAGGAGCUGUCCAAGGUGGACAAGAUGCUGAGCCAUCUGAGCGAGGAGUCCAAGCAGGCGGCUGCCACCACGCUGCCCACCAGCGAGGAGGACCUAUGCCCCAUCUGCUACGCACACCCAAUCUCUGCCAUCUUCCGGCCCUGCUCCCACAAGUCCUGCAAAGCCUGCAUCAACCAGCACCUGAUGAACAACAAGGACUGCUUCUUCUGCAAGGCCACCAUCACAGGGGUGGAUGAUUUCACCAAGCCGGCCGGCUCCUAAUGCCUGGCCCUGCACGUGGGUCUGUCCCUAACACAGGACAGGGGCUGCAGGGAGGGAGGGGCCAUUCUCAGGGAGGGGAGCGCGAGGCCUCAUUCCCACAGCAGCCCCGCAUGCAGUGAGCGCUGCCUGGGGCCGGGCUGUGUGUUUGGGCUUUGAGACUUCGGCCCUGGCUGGGGGCUGACUUC